AUGCGCGGAAUUUUACUCUAUCUCGUUGUUGGCUUAUUUUUACUAAUAUCAGAAUCAUUGUCUCAAGUCAAAAUCAAAUGCUAUAACUGCAUUGCUCCACUGAACACAGAGGACAUGACACGCUACUGUAAUUCUAGUCUGUACUGCGAAGGUGAAUACUGUACAAAGGGUCCCGAUGCGAAAUCUAAUGGAAUUUACCAUGGCUGCUCCGAUACCCCACCAUUAGAUAAAGCUGGAACAGAUUGUAAAUGGGUAACAAAGAAGACUGGAAUGUUCAAUAAUUGCUAUUGCAAGAACAUUGAUUAUUGCAAUUCGUCAAAUCCAUCAACUUUGCAUAACUCAAUUAUCGUUACAGCUCUUGGUGCUCAGAGCAUCCAUACAUCUGCGAACCAACAAUGCCCAUCGACAGUAUGGCGAUUGUCGGUGUUAUUGCUCUGA